GCUUAAGCCAAAUCGGACGCGAUCACCGUCAUUCCAUCUCAAUUCACCGACACCUCGGAACGUUUCUACGGCACUCAGCUCCGCAUUGCAACCAACAGCGCAGCACCAGCAACGUCGACGCCAGUGGUCAAGCAGCUUCGUAUCAGCGAGAAUAACGAUAUCGUAUCUCCCGGUUACAGGUACAGCAAAAUCAUGGAGCUAUCGGGCGGCUCAAAAGAAGAGACGCGUCCUCGUCGACGUCGGAGAUCCGGUGACUCGGUCCACUCGGUCUUGCUUGAGAACACUCCACCCGAAGGUCGUGGAUCUUCUGCUGGCCCACACAGCGCUGAAUUAACUCCAACAGAGCAGCGCAACGACUCACUUGCACCUAUAUCGCUGGUCACUAUUGAGGCUCAAACUGGGCCGAAUAUGGCGCAGUCAUCUGUCGAAACAAGUUCCAGCGGGCCAAGCCCUGGACGACAUACGGGCAAGCGUCGUGCCUCGGGUGAGAUGAUCCAGCGUGAGGAGUCCAAGACGAUGCAGUCCACCCCGAAAGGCUCUACUGCAACGGGGAACGAGAUUCGUCGUCCAGAUCUUCCAAAGCAGGCGGUCGUUUCGCCAACGGUGAAUUCUAUCAGUGAAGCAGAGACACAAGUAAAUCAUCCUCAAACUCCAAACCCGCCACUGCGGGUGUCUACUCGACGGACAACGACGACGACGAGAUGGUCUCCGUCGAUGGCGGGUGCCCCCAGACCGGGCACACAACGCGCGUCCAGAACAGCGCGUGGACCCACGGCGACCCCACCUGCUCGUCCGAUCUCAAACGCUACGCGGAACAUCAGCUUCGACAUGCUACAGCCACACUUUGAGCGGCCACUACAGCAGGCGGCUGACAGCUUUGGCGUGUGCACGACGCUGCUGAAGAAGAUCUGUCGACGCAACGGCAUCAGUAAUUGGCCGUAUCGCAAGAUCUGUGGACUCCGCAAAAGCAUCGCAUCCAUGGCCAAGCAAGUGAACUACUUCGACGGAGAGCAGAAGCGUGCGUACGCCGACCAAUUGGAGAAACUCGAGCAUGAACUGCAAGCGUAUCUUCGAACGGGAAACGAACCUACUGAGGAGUUUUUAAGAACGCUACAAGCAGAGUCUACUGCUGCUGCGCAACAACAGAACCAGACAGAUACACAUACAAUAGAAAUUGGCAACCAAGACGAAGAAAAGGAAGCGCAAGCGGUACUCGCGUGGACGGCUAGACCAAGCAUCACACUACCCCAUUACAGCAGUGCGUCAGUUGUAAAUCCCACAUACGAAUUGCAGUCUACACCACAGCAUCUCCAGGCUACCGGGGUGAGUCCAUAUGCAAGGAGCGGCAUGAACCGGCGCCCACGAGGACCCCCGUUUCCCACCAUCGCGACACACCACCGUACGCUACCGUCGAUCGCGUCAAUUCUUCAGCACCAAAGCUACUCCAGUCCGAGUCGUGCUGCGUCAUCACAAAACCCAAGCACAGCACCGCAAUGUGCAGUGGAUCAACAGCAACAGUGGCGAUAUUUCCCUCCGACAAACGGUGAUGCAGUAUGAGUCAUCCUAUGACGUCGCAUCACGCAUGAACAAAGAGUCGAGGCUCAUAUUUAUCAGUGCAAAUACGCUGCGAUGAAGUGAAGACACUGCAUAUAAUUGCUGCAUGUUUUAGGUUGCGUAAGAUGAAAUAGAAGGAGAAAUGACUAUGAAGACGAGC